UGCGCCUAGGAGCUUCCAAGGAGUAGGUUAUCACGGAUACUGGAGUACCUAAGGCACCUGCUGUGUCUUUAUUGAUCUGUAUUUCGCUAUGUCAAUAAAUGGACCAGCGAGUCAUCUUACUAUAUAUUUACCUAGUCACAGUACAUAGUAGUCUCUUGUGAUCCUAUGGAUGGCAAGGCGAGUGAGUGGGUACUGGAUUGAACGCUGCUGAGCACGCUUAAACAAGAAUUGUAAGUCUCGAACUACUUCAAGUGCGUGCUGGGAACCUAGCCACGUUCAUUAUCCAGUUUAAUCAAUACAUACGCACGUAAUAUUGAGUUUUUCUGUUAUCUCUGUCCUAGUCUAUCAUCCCUCUACCUACAUCGGAAUCUACAGCUUUCCUUUUCGGCGGCCGAAGCUUUGAGUGCCUGUUUGAAGCUUAUGCGGUCAUUCUUCAAAAGGCCUUCGUGGGCAACUAAAGGGGAUGAGGAUUUGGAAUCUAACGAUUUCUACCGCCGCGCUGGUCAAACAUACGCAGACAUCAUCGCUGCGAGCAAGGAAGCCCGAGAUAGUCCACUAAAUCGUUCUGCCAAUACUUCUACAGAGGACGGUAGGCCUUGUAAACGUCGACACAUCUUACCCGAACCUGUGCCAAGGAGUACCGCAUCUCCAGUACUUCCUGAUGACGGGAAGGAGAAAAACGAUAUACAAGUUAGAUCUUCUUCGAGACUCGGUUCCUACAAUGCUUCACCAGAGUAUAGUGGUCGCAACGACUAUCAGACGCCGGUGCAACCAGCAGCAGGCAAAAUCGGUGCUGCUGGCCUAUCAAACGUUAAGUCCUCUAUCACUGGAGCUUCUCAGCCAGUUCAUUAUGAAGUCUACCCAAAUACUAUUACAGAUAUAGGCGAGCCACAAACAGUCAACAUCUCGAUUUCUCGCGAUGCUCAAAAAAACCAGCUAAAGGCUGCACGUACAGAUCAAAAACCCGAUUCAAUGGAAGAUGAUGCGGUUGUUCAGAUUCUUAUCACCUCGAAACUGGAGAACACAAAGUCGCUGAUAGUCCACCGAAAAAUCUCACAGUCGCUAAGAGAUGUUCGCCUGGCCUGGUGUAACCGUCAGAGUAUACCGAAAGAUAUGCAAUCAUCCAUAUUUCUGACUUGGAAGGGCAAGAGGCUAUUCGAUGUCACAACAUGCAGGAGCUUGGGGAUUGACAUGACAAGAGGCAUCGCUGACAACUUAAUAUAUGGUGAUUAUCUCCAACAUGGCAGCAAGGAGGUCAUUCGUAUUCACAUGGAAGCUGCCACCGAAGACAAUGUGAUGCCGACCAACGAUCGGCAGGCAUCGCCUAUAAGUUGCUCUCGUUCGGCCCAAGAGUUUACAACAAUAGAUGAAAGCAGCAAGCGUUUAGCAAUAGAGAUCGUGUUGAAGUGCCCAGGGCUCGACGACUUCAGUCUGAGUAUUAUUCCAAGCAUGCAAAUCUCGCAACUUGUUGAUGUCUUUCGCGAUGCGAAAGGAAUCCCGGCAGGACAGGAAGUAUACCUGGUGUUUGAUGGUGAUCGUUUGAAUCCCAGUCGUUGCCUCACAGACUACGACAUGGCCCAUGGCGAUCUAGUGGAAGUUAUGAUCAAAUGAAUCGUGUAUUUCCUCCUUCGGUCUACCCAUGAGAGUUAUUCAAUUAGGUUUCAUCAUACCUGUUUUCGUCUACCCUGUUGCCCGGUGAUAAGCGGCAAAUAUGACAGAUACCCUGAUUGCGAUUGGGUUACGGCUGGGCUUGCGCUAGAUGCGUUAUAUCGUCAAAGGUAAAUUCAAUAUCAUAAAUAUAUUCACUAGGUGCUUCUCAGUAAAUAAAUAUAUAUAUAUAUAUAUAUAGAUAGAUAGAUGCGACCCCGAUUAUCAUCGUAGUAGUACAUCAGCGACAACUUGUGGGUUU